UCCACGAAGACAAAUACAUCCAUUACCUGACAAACCUUUUAAUAAAAAAGACCGUGAUAGGGAUCGAGAGAGAGAUCGUAUCAAGGAUAGAAAAGAUGUUCAAUUUGAGCGCGAAAAAGAAAUAAAGAAAAACGAUCAUCACGAUCGAGACAAAGA